AUGUUGCGGACAGGGUUACUGCUCUGCCUUAUCGGCUUUGCUAGCAGCGGGCCCCCUGUAUCGAAGACCAGGGAUCAAAUCCAAGCAUUCAGAGAGGCUUUGGAAAAGAGCAGAAUUGAUGAUGGAGUUCGGUUAGAUUCUCGUAUCCUAGCCAGCCCGAAAGCUAAUAUCUGGGAGAACAGUGGCAAGUACCAAGGUGAUAUCGUCCUCGAUGACGAUCAGAUCGAGGCGCUAGUGGCGGAUUAUGCUGGUACGACUGACAGAGCCGCAUACGUCAGGCCCAAUACAAGAUGGCCAGGGAAUGUACUGAUCUACGAAUUCGGGCAUAAUGAAUUUAAUACUGCCGAGCAGAACCUAAUAUUGAGAGCUAUGGGUUGGAUCGAGCACUUCUCCUGCGUGAGGUUCCGGAGACGACAACCCCAUGAACAUAACUUUGUUUUAAUUACUGGAAGGCAAACUGGAUGUUACGCUCACGUAGGUUUCUCAAGUACCCGCGGCGCUCACACGUGUAACUUGGCCCGUCGUGGCUGCAUGAACAACAUGAUCAUCAUCCACGAGCUGCUGCACAACCUCGGAUUCUUCCACAUGCAGUCCGCCUACGAGAGGUACAACUAUGUACGCAUCAACUGGAACAACAUUAUGAAUGGCGCGGCCCAUAACUUCUACCGUCUCCAGCGCAAUGAAGUCAACCUGUUAGGUCUUCCUUACGAGUACCAGAGCUGUAUGCACUACAGCACUCACGCCUUUAGCAAUAACGGACAACCAACUAUUGUCGCUACACGGAAUUUUCCGGGAACCAUGGGUCAUAUGGUGUACGUUACCCACUGGGACUGGGUGAGGCUUCGCAGACACUACAAUUGCCCUGGGGCGUGGGAUGAGAGGCAGAUCCAGGAGGUGAAGGAAGAGGUGGACCGCACCCUGCCCCUGAUGAUGGCUGAGGCGUCGCAAACAGAAGAUCUUGACCAGGAUAACAACGACAGCGAAGUAAAGAUUGUCGACCAGGAUGAAGUAAUCAACCAAGAAAAAAAUUAA